CUUCGUUCUCGGCCCUGUUUCUGGCUCCUUCCCCUGUUUCCCGGGCUCCAUCCCCUGUUUCCGCACGCCGGGUGACGAGCUCGAUCCUUUUGGUCUGAUGGGUUUGGCCUGAUUCGAAUCGGCAUGCUAGUGUGGAUGUGAUUCUGGGUGGUGAUGGUGAUUGAUUAGUAUGGAGAAGGAGCCUCUGCUUCCGUAUGCGAGCCCCGGGAGGAGGCGGCCGUCCCUCUUGUCGCUCCCGGAGGACGACGAGAUCUCCAUCCCUCUGCCCCUCACUCCGUCGGAGCUCAAGGACCGCCUCAUCUUCGGGCCGUCCCGAUCUCCGGAGCACACUUCCCAGAUCGUCGAUGCGUUGACUCAGUCCGUGAGUUCGCCCAGACCAUCCUCUUCUCGAGACCAGUUCGCGCCACCGCCUUUCCAUGCGCAAGAGUCUCGCUUGGCUGAUUGUAACGUGGCGUGCCCGAAGAAAUCCCAUCUGCACCGCUCCAAGACGGCACCGGCGAUGGCGGUUUUGAAUGACGUUGAUCACCAACCUGCUCAGCCGAAGCCCCAGUCCAGUUCUCAGUCGAUUGUCCGUCAGGCGGUGAUACUUUUAGUUGCUUAUUUGUCGUUCGGUGUGGCUAUUUACUGGUACAACCGUGAAAACUUUACCGCUACCGAGACUCACCCUGUCGUGGAUGCUCUGUAUUUUUGCGUCGUCACUAUGUGCACGAUUGGGUAUGGCGAUAUCACACCGAAUACCGCCGCAACGAAGAUGUUUUCUAUAAUGUUUGUGUUGGUGGGGUUCGGAUUUAUCGAUAUUUUGUUGUCUGGGAUGGUUAGUUAUGUUCUUGAUCUGCAAGAGAGUUACUUGUUGAGGGCGGCACAAAAUAGGAGUGGAAAGAAGGAUUACGGAGGAUCCUACCUAAUCGAUUUGAAGAAGGGGAGGAUGAGGAUAAGGAUGAAGGUGGCAUUGGCCUUAGGUGUUGUGGUUCUUUGUAUUGGAAUCGGUGUGGCCGUGAUGCAUUUUGUCGAGAGGCUUGGCUGGUUAGAUUCCUUUUACUUCUCGGUGAUGUCGGUUACCACGGUCGGGUAUGGGGACCGUGCAUUCACAUCAUUGCCUGGUCGUAUUUUUGCAUCCAUUUGGUUAUUAGUGUCGACGCUGGCAGUUGCGCGGGCUUUUCUCUAUUUGGCUGAGGCAAGAGUCGAUAAGCGACAGAGGAGGAUUGCGAAGUGGGUGCUUGGUCAUGAUAUGACCAUAGCUGAGUUCCUGGCAGCUGACAUCGACAACAACGGCUUCGUUAGGUAUGCUCUGUUCCCUUUAUCAUGUAAAUCUGAAUAUGUCAUAUACAAGCUCAAGGAAAUGGGGAAGGUGUCAGAGAAAGACAUAUUUCAGAUCUGCAACAAGUUCGACAGACUGGACACUGGCAACUGUGGGAAGAUCGGUCUUGCCGAUCUCAUGGGAAGUCACCAUUGACAUGCUGUUUCCUAGUCAACCGGCCGAUCAAACAAGACAAGACGCAGGGCAAGAGGAACUCUUGAAAUCCUAAUCGGUAGGAAGUUCAAUCUCGGGGGCCUAGUCAAGUCGUAGAAGACUGUGCUUCUGCAAUCAUCCUGCUUGAGUUCCCAGUUCAUAUGCUCAUUGGCAAGUUACCAGUUUGGCUUCACCUUCGUCAAGAUCGUCAUGGCCAGUUGCUCUUAUCACACCGGUAUAUCAUACUGCUGAAUCGAAG